UCGGUUUAGAGUUGUCUCCCACUAGACACUUUUGGAACCUCUCUUACUUUUUCGGAUUCUUUGUCCACUGGUCUAAUUUUCCCAGGCAACAUGGAAAUUGUAAAUCGUCUUAUCACAUCUACUUUGCCAAAUUAUUUUGCUAGUUUACCUAUUCCCAAGUCAGUCUUUGGCUUUAUACAGCUGUCUGGUGGUGAUUGGAUAGCCCUGAUACCAUUCGUAGGAACAGUAUCAUUAAUAGCCUAUGUCACUGUUAAAGCAUUCCAACCUAAGCCUCCAGUGGCGAAGAAACCUAUAUGCAAUUUAAAAAUCCAAAAAGAAGUACAGAAAGUUGUUAAUAUUGUUGAUAUUGAGGAGAUUGGAGAAAAAGUUUCAUACUGCAGAUGUUGGAGAUCAAAAAGGUUUCCAUUGUGUGAUGGAUCACAUACCAAGCACAAUGAAGAAACUGGUGACAAUGUUGGACCACUUGUUCUGAAGAGGAAGAGUAAUUAACCUUGUAUAUUUACAAAGAGCAAUGGGACCCAUUCAUUUACAGGGUUUUGUACUAACAUACCAUGCAAAGGUUGUUAUUUUGGUCAAUUUUUAUAAAAAGUAUUGAAAAUAUUGUGUUUUGUAGUUGUUUAAUUGAUUAGGUUAAUAUUUGAAUUACAAAAACUUUUUUACAAGGUUCUUGCAUUUUUUUGUGGUUUAUAUGGAUUAUAUAUUAAAUUAUAAGAAAGACAAUUUUUAUACAAUAAUUAUGUCAAUGAUUUUUGAAAAAGAUCUUUAUUUUAAAGAAAAAAUGAUAGGAAUUUUGUUUUCUUGCCAAUUAAAGUAGAUUUGUAUAUUUUUGAACAGUUGUAUGUUUACCAUUUGCUUAAUACAUGUAUAUUUUGCUUUGAAUAGACUAUUGUGUCCUUUAAUAUAUAAUAAGCUUUAGAAAACCCAGCUCGUGUAUACAUAAUGUGCAUCACACAUAGGAGAAGUCAAUUAUUCCACAUUUGGCAAACAAGGUUAUCAACUCUUCAUAUAUUAGUCUGAGCUCCAUGAUCACUUGUUAAAAAAAACCUAAAUCUUCCUCUCAAGAUCAGUCUCUUGAAAGGGAGGUUUUAAAUCUCACUCUUUAGCAAAUCUAUGUUUUCCUAUUAGUAGUAAUACUAUAUAUAUACAAAUACAAAUAAAAAAAAGUUUAUUUACAUAACAUAAGAGUAACCAUUGUAUCUAACAUGUUGUUUUGGUUAUUUAACUCACUCAUAUGAUUGUGGUUUUUUUUAUGCUGGUUGUAACAUAUUUUUUUUUAUUAUAAAUUAAUGAGUUAGUGUAGAAUUCAUUUUAGAAAAGUUUUGUCAAACUCAGACUUGAUCAUUUCAAGAAAAAGAAAAAGAAAUAAACUUUGUGUGUGCAAUAUCUCAUAUUGUUGCUAGACUUUACAUCCAACUUUGUCCUGUCACCAUGCAUGUCACACUUUUAACUGAAAAUUGAAAUAAAAAAUCUUUCCUUUAUUUUUGUUAACUUUCUAAAUCACAAAUAGACGCCACUUUGGAUAAUGAAAUUACAAAAGGGGGGAUGUUUUGAAAUUAUAUGCUAUCAUCAUUGAGUCAUUCCACUAAAUCUAGUCACAUUUUUCUUUUUAAACAUUGAUUUAUGGUAAAGAUAAAAUUCAAUGUUAGACACUCAACAGCAUUUGUGCAGAUUAUAUGAUAUUCAAUGGUUAGUAUUUAGUGUGUGGAAGGAUUUAUCUUUCAAUUUUCAAUAUGAGUUGGGGAUGGGGGGGGGGGGGGGGGGGGGGGGGUGGAGGAUGUUAUGAGAGUUACCACACCGAAUGUAGAGAGGAGAAAUUUUAUAUAACUAGAUCGAAUUGUUAAUUAUACAUACCUGAAAAGUAUUUUGUAUUUCAUAUGGUUUUUAAUAAAUGAAAACAAACCAGAAA